AUUCACAUGCUCACGGUAAUAGUAGCCGGAAUUUUCCAUCAAAUUCGCCUUAAAGUGCUGUGUAUAUGUAUAUGUAAAAGGAAACCGGAAUGAGGUCAGUCAAUGCAGUAUAAGUUGUAUGAUAAUCCAAGUUUUCAGAGAAGACUGACAUUCUCAGGAAUAAGGACCGUUUACAACGUUUAAUAAGUUAUAGCCUAGAGGAAACGUGGAUGUGAUAUGUCAUGGCUCUGAGAACCUUAAAUACCCUGUUCAGGAUAGCUGCUGUCAACUUUAAACAGCCUGCUCGAGUUUUUCAACAGCCAAGUUUUUUUGAUAAUUUAUCGGAAUCUUCAUAAAAGAGGAUCAAGCACUGUUGCCAAAGCGGCAACCAAAUCUCAUUUCAGUACAACCAUCUAUGAGACUAUGCCAAUGAACAAACAUUCACUGAAAGUAAUCUUCAGCAGUCACGAAGCUUCAGAAUUCAAAUACAUAUGGCUACGAGACAAUUGUCACUGUCACUCCUGCAUCGAUUCAAACAGUAAACAGAAACUUGUCGACACUGCAGAACUGGACAUCAACAUCUCCCCCACUUCUUUUCGGGUAACUGAAAAUGGUCAACUGGAGUUGGUGUGGAAGGAAAAUGGGGAUAUCCAUAAAAGUGUCUAUGAACCUGACUGGCUGUAUAAGUAUGGCAGACGUCUCGGCACGGAAGCCUUCCAUAAUGAGAAGGAUCAAGUCCAACUCCCUCCACUGGAGGUGUGGGACAGAGUUUCAAUAUGGAAGAACAUUCCUGAAAUUUCUCAUAAGGAGGUGAUGGAAACAACCAAUGGCUUGCAUACCUGGCUGGAGAUGAUCUACAAGUAUGGAGUGGCCAUUCUCAGAAACUGUCCUCUAGAUAAAAACGAAAUCCUUAAAGUUGCUGACAGAAUCGCUUAUGUGAAGAACACCAUAUGGGGACCAACAUUUGAUGUUGUAUCUGAGCCAGUUCAGAGUGACCCCAAACAUCUGGCUUUCACUGGACGUUACCUGGAGUUGCAUACAGACAUGAAUUACCGUGAAAAGUCGCCAGGUUUGCAGAUGCUACACUGUUUAAAGGCUUCUGAUCUUAAGAAAACGGGAAAGGAUGUUGGAGGAAAAUCGUUUUUUGUGGAUGGGUUUUAUGUGGCAAAGUGGUUAGAAGAUCAUCACCCUGCUUCGUUUCAUGUUUUAACUUCAACCCCUGUGACCUUUGCUAUCAAAAGUCAUUCGAUGAGGUACAGCCAGACUAUUCCUGUGAUCUGUGUGGACAAAAGUGGUGAAGUUCAGGAAAUUCAUUACAAUAACCGGACUCUUGCACCCAUUCAACUUCCUCCCCACUUGGUUGUGCCCUUUUACCAUGCUUACAAACUAAUGGCUCAAAAGAUGAGAGAACCUCAGUCCCAGCUGGCUUUCCACAUGGUUCCAGGUGAUCUUGUGGCUUUCAACAAUCGCAGAGUUCUUCAUGGGCGUACAAGCUUUGAUCCAUCGAAGCUAGAGAGACAUCUCCAAGGAUGUUACAUGGAUAUUGAUGAAGUCUUCACACGUUAUCAUUCACUGAUACCCGAGCAUUGACGUGCGCAUGCAGACAUUCACAGAGAAGAUCUCGUGCUUCAGGUUGGAAGCUAUUAGGUCUCGAAGGUCGUCAAAUUCUUUUGUGAAUAUUGUCAUGUUUGUUAUUGAGAAGUCAGAGUUUUAACAUACAAAUAUUUUAAGCUGUUCGGAUAUUUUAUUACCAUACUUUUCAAAGUGCUAUAUUUUUAUUGGCAUAUGGCUGAGAAGAUAUAUUUAUGAUCUGGAAAUUUUAUUUAAGAAAGAAGACAUUAUUUAUUUUAAACGAUUGGCUGUACUGUGAAUUUUUAUCGAUAAUUGGGGAACCAUAUUUGAAACUUGUUUGUAAAAUCACAUUGUAAGCGAAGUUUGAAUUUUUAGGAACAAACUCAAAAUACAAAAAUGGUGCCAUUUUUAUCAUAAAUUCUUUUUGUUUUUAAUUUUGUAUUUGAUUAAUCUAGAAUGGUCUGUUUUACUGUAAGAUUACUAACGUAUAGCUUGAAUUUAAACUUAAUAAUAUAUAUGGCAUUCUAACUAUGUAUAAAAAUUAUUGUGGCAAAUUUGAUAAAUCGUUUUAUUUUUACAGAAUUUGUAGUGUAGAUUUUAAGAUACAAGUAAGUAAACUAACUUAAAUUGGUGUGAAAAUGCUCAAUGAAUACGUGUUUUGAGAAUGAAUAAAAUAUAUUAU